CGCUAGGGGGCGCUAGGCCAGAACCACUGCGAAGGCUGGCAGCGUUCCCCGUCACGUGACACCGUUAAUCUGGCGCGGGGGGGGGGGGCGGGGCCUCGGCCGGGUGGGCCACCUUGGCGGGGCGAGGGAGAGAACGCUUGCUUCUGUGCUCCGCCUGCGAAGGCGAAGUUUCUGUUGCCAGACUGUGCUAGUCCGGGUGGUCCAGGGUCUGCAGCAGGCGCAGAGGGAUCGGAAAGGCGAUGCAUUACUAGUGCGCUUUCGCUUUGACAGCUGAGGCGGAAAAGUGAGAGGGCCUGCCAUUGGCCGGGCUAGGUAACCCACCCUUGCAAAGCAGAAAGCUCCCUGCGGGAGGAGUUCUGCACGCAGAGGAGGAGCCAAGGUAGCCAGUGAGAAGUUGGGACACGGUCCUCCAGUAGAUAAGAGGCAGAGCCCAGCAGGAACCCCCUCUGCUUGCGGGUAGGAAGCUUGGGGAGCAGCCUCAUGGAAGAGAAGCAGAUCCUGUGCGUGGGGCUGGUGGUGCUGGACAUCAUCAAUGUGGUGGACAAAUACCCAGAGGAAGACACGGAUCGCAGGUGCCUGUCCCAGAGAUGGCAGCGUGGAGGCAACGCAUCCAACUCCUGCACUGUCCUUUCCUUGCUUGGAGCCCGCUGUGCCUUCAUGGGCUCUUUGGCCCCUGGCCACGUUGCCGAGCUCGGGUCCCUCCCCCAAAGCUUCCUGGUGGCUGACUUCAGGCAGAGGGGCGUGGAUGUGUCUCAAGUGACUUGGCAGAGCCAGGGAGAUACCCCUUGCUCUUGCUGCAUCGUCAACAACUCCAAUGGCUCCCGUACCAUUAUACUCUACGACACGAACCUGCCAGAUGUGUCUGCUAAGGACUUUGAGAAGGUCGAUCUGACCCGGUUCAAGUGGAUCCACAUUGAGGGCCGGAAUGCAUCGGAACAGGUGAAGAUGCUGCAGCGGAUAGAGGAGCACAAUGCCAAGCAGCCUCUGCCACAGAAGGUCCGGGUGUCGGUGGAGAUAGAGAAGCCCCGUGAGGAGCUCUUCCAGUUGUUUAGCUAUGGUGAGGUGGUGUUUGUCAGCAAAGAUGUGGCCAAGCACCUGGGGUUCCAGUCAGCAGUGGAGGCCCUGAGGGGCUUGUACAGUCGAGUGAAGAAAGGGGCUACGCUUGUCUGUGCCUGGGCUGAGGAGGGUGCCGAUGCCCUGGGCCCCGAUGGUCAGCUGCUCCACUCAGAUGCCUUCCCACCGCCCCGAGUAGUAGACACUCUUGGGGCUGGAGACACCUUCAAUGCCUCUGUCAUCUUCAGCCUCUCGAAGGGAAACAGCAUGCAAGAGGCCCUGAGAUUCGGGUGCCAGGUGGCUGGCAAGAAGUGUGGCUUGCAGGGGUUUGAUGGCAUUGUGUGAGAGGCAAGCGGCACCAGCUCGAUACCUCAGAGGCUGGCACCAUGCCUGCCACUGCCUUCUCUACUUCCUCCAGCUUAGCAUCCAGCUGCCAUUCCCCGGCAGGUGUGGGAUGUGGGACAGCCUCUGUCUGUGUCUGCGUCUCUGUAUACCUAUCUCCUCUCUGCAGAUACCUGGAGCAAAUAAAUCUUCCCCUGAGCCA